CUUUUAUAUUCGUCGUAAAACCAACGUUAAACUUAAUACUUUCUACUGUUCGUCGUAUAAGCUGGCAAGCGAAUAAAUGAAGAAAGUUAAAAAAGUAAAAUACGAAGUGGUUCUGAAAGUAUCUGAUUUACAGAACCUUCCUUCUUUAUCAGGGUUGUUUUUCGCAAAAAUAAAGGUUAAGGGAGGAGAAACUAUAGGGACUACUUUAUGUCAAGAAAUUGAAAAUUUUGCAGUGGUAUGGAAUGAAACUUUUUCUUUUAAGACCACGCUAAGUUAUAACUCCUCCGAAAAGAAAAUUUUUCCUUGUAUUUGUAAAAUAACAGUAUAUAAAGGAAAAAGAAGAGGGGACUACUUUGAUAAGUUUAGUUUUCUAGAAUUUAAUUUAACCGAUUUUGCCGAUAAGGGGCCUGUUCAGCACAACUGUAUCCUGGAAAGUGCUAAGAGUAGUAAAAAUCGUGCGACGAACUCCAUCCUUCGACUCUUCGUGACCAUGACAUACUUUGGCGCCGAUCCUAUUUCUAAACCAAAUAUUUGGGACCUGCAGCCAAAUGAGCGCAAGGAAUACUUCCCUCUGGAGACAGAAGACCGCACUUCAAGGAGUUAUGGUGCUGAAAAUCUUAUCUCCUCGCAAGUAUUCCAAACUUUUAACGACGAAAGAUGGCGGCGUGAUCGCUCUGACUUGACGCGAAGCCAUAUUACUCAGUCAAGAGUAGAUUCUGAACAAGUAGUACAAAGUAUUCUGAAUCAAGCUUUUGCAGAUUCUUCUUUUUCGGACGAGCUUCGUUCAAUAAAUAAAGGCUAA